AUUAACCCAGGUCCACGGACGCGUCACCCUCUCUCUCUCUCUCUUUUUUUUAAGUUGGUUACCACAGGAAGGGAAAGUUUGAGAGCUUCUGAAUAACUUAUUUCAGACUGCAACAGCACGAUCACAUGCAACAAGUAUAAAACAGCAGCGACUGAGUGUGUGUUUUUUUUAGGAAGCGUAAGCGGUGCCAACCUGCCUGCGCUAUCCCGCAGCUCUCCAGAAAACGCAGGCACCGGUCCGGGGCACCGCUCAGUGGUGUCGAGCUGUAUAACCCUGCUCUGUCUCAUUUUAAGAGGAGUGUUUUUUUUGUUGUAAGUGUGGAAAGGAGAGCACGAUACAUCCCUUUUUUUUUUAGGUCCCAGACUGUCCUUGAAGACUGACAGCAGUGGGUGUCUGCCUGUUGCUAAGGGAUGUCGCUGAACGUAAAUUUGAUUGGCCCGUCUCCCUGGGGCUUCAGGAUAUCUGGAGGGCGGGACUUCAAGAAGCCCAUCGCUGUUUCCAAGGUGAGUGCCGGCAGCAAGGCAGAGGUCGCUGACCUUCGACCCGGUGAUGUCAUCCUGGAGAUUAAUGGUCAGGGCACAGCGGAUAUGCUCAACGUGGAGGCCCAGAACAAGAUCAAGACCAGCAAGGCACAGCUGCUUCUCACUGUGGACAGGUCGGAGCCUGCUUCUCCCGGACAGACGAACGGGAUCCUGACCCCGGAACGCUUAUCUUCGCAGUUCCAGGAGGCGCUCCAGGUCAGCCGAGACGAGAACCAGAACUACAGCAAGCCCUUGCACCGGAGCCCCUGCUCCCCCGAGCCUCUCGCCCCUCGACACUCCCCUGGCUACAGCAAGCCAGACACGCCCCCCAGCGCUAGGAGCUUCCAGUCUCGCUCCUGGUCUCCUGUAGACAAGAGUUUCAGCCCUAAAGUGUCCUUGGACUCCCCACGUCUCCAGGAGCCAGUGGCAGAUGUGCGGAGGAACUCCCUACCCCGCAUCCCCACCCCCCCAGGCUGGACCCCCCCUCGCAGCCCCAGAGAGCGCCCCCUGGAUUCCUGGGAGACGAGGGCCUCCCCCAGCAGCAGCUCGGACGCAGCCAUGCACAAGUUUGACAGAGACUCUGAGGUGUACAAGAUGAUCCAGGAGAAUAAGGAGUCCCGCACAGCCCCCCGGCAAUCCAGCACCUUCCGCCUGCUGCAAGAGGUGCUGGAAUCUGAUGAGCAAGCGGCGACGGUCCGAUUCCCAGGAGCGUUGUCUCCCAGCCCACAGAAAGCAGUGGGCUCUGUCGCCGGGGUUACCAAGUUCCACAUCUGUGAGAAAUGCGACACCAGCAUAGUGACGCAGGCGGUGCGCAUAGUGGAGGAUCGAUACCGACACCCCGAGUGCUACACCUGCACGCAGUGCGGCCUCAACCUCAAGAUGAGGGGACACUUCUGGGUGGGGGAGGAGAUGUUCUGCGAGAAGCACGCCCGCGAGCGAUACCAGGGGCCCUCGGGGGCCACCCCCACAACCGUCCACCCCAAGUCCUAGAGAGGAGAAAACACCGACACAGAAACUCUGCAGCAUGUUGAAACACCCUGGCCUGGGUCACACAGGACUAAAGCUGGGCAGCAAACAACCCUUACAUACCCCACUGACCCACAGCUCCACUGAGGGAGGGAGGGAGACCAAGCAGGGGUGUGUGUGUGUGUGUGUGUGUUCGUUGCACAGUCCCAGUGAGAAACCCACCAGCUUUGUUGGCUUGUUGAAUUAUAUGUCGCCGACAGUGUCCAGAGCUUUUGUGUAGGACUCCUGCCCUCGAUUUUCAAAGUUUCCCAUAGGAAAAGCACAGCAAAGUCUGAUAAAGCAUCAAGAGGGACGAUAAAGCAUAUUUAAAAAAAUAUGGCAAACGUAAAUGCAUAAUAUAUAACAGUGGAAGAAAAAGCAGGGGCAUUGGUCAUGCACGUUUUCCAUGGUGAGCUUGAAGUGUGUGUGGAGUGUGAUGGUUUUCAUACAGACACCCCUAAACACACACACACACACACACACACACACACACACGUAUUGUGUAUCUGUUUUUAUAUAUAUGCUGCAAAAUUAGCAUAAUCUCUGCAUUGAGUUUAUAUACAGCAUAUGCAUAUUUUAUGUAGGUAAACACUUCUUGCAUAAUGAAAUGCGUCCAUUGUGGGUCAUCCUUCAAGAAACAGCUGCCCCAGACAUGCCCUCUAUUACAGCUCUGUGAGAAACCAGCAGCCUUUAUCUGUGUCUUUAUACAGCACUGCAGUGUUCCUGUCUUAUUUAAGGACCCCAAGGUUUUUCCUGUGUGUCUGGGGGUAUUUCAACAGCUGUAUAACUGCCCCUGCUUCCAGUUCACAGCUGGCAGGUUGGGUGGGAGUGACGUGUCCAGAUUUUGCCCCGAGCCUGAAAACAGUGUGCAGGGUUUCAAACUGUAGUGCUGAAUGAAAUGUUCAGACUCUCAGCAGACUUUACUUCAUUGAGAACAUAAAGAAAUGACAGCUUUGUGAGAGGGAAGAAUUCAAAUCAUGAUACUUGUGAACUAUCCUAUUUUCCUAUUGCAUUCAAAUGAAACAUGUUGGUUAGCAUGUAUCUGUUUAACGAGAUAUGGGCGGGGGGAGGUGUGUAUGCAGUGGAGCCCAGAUCCAGAACCUUUUGCUCUGAUGGGGGUAAUAAUUCUAUACAAUUUGCAUAUGAUAAACCGUAUGGGGGUGGGGAUAUACACAUAUGAAUAUUUUAUUGUUAUUUUUGCUUGCAAAAAAAGAUUGUACAAUAAAAACAAAACAAAUUGUGCUGCAACCCUGAACAUAAUGUGUAGGGUUUCGAAACUGUAC